CAAAUGAUUUCUCUUAUCUCUAUCUCUCUCCUACUCACUAUCUCCCCCUUUAAUUAAUCAAUUAAUGGCUAGCUCCAAGCGAUCUUGGGAGGGUCACAUAGUUAACCACGCCGCCAUGGCCACAAACACCCUAGAGAAUACCGAAACACCAGCCUUCCAAUCGAUAUUCGAAACCUUCCGCAGCGAGCUAGACGAGCACCAUGACCGCCGCGAGCGAGUAAUCAAAGCGUCUCGCGAUAUCACCGCACUGAGCAAGAAAAUCAUUUUCGCUCUCCAACGCCUCCGAACCCUCAACACCGCAAUCCCACCUUCCAUCGCCAAAGAAAACAAAACCCGCUUCGACCAAAUCCGUGAUUUAUUCCGGUCUAUCGUCCCAGACAUCACGGGCAUAAACGCGUGGCGGUAUCAACGGCAGAUUUCGGGCGGAGUUCAGGAGUUUAUUGAAGCGGUGACAUUUCAGCAUUAUAUUGAGACGCAGAAACUGAUUACGCGGGAGGACAUUGUGAGGGAUUGGUUGCCGGAGGUGAUGGUUACAGAGGAGGAUUAUUUGAUGGGGGUGUUUGAUUUGACGGGUGAGAUGAUGAGGUUUGCGGUUACGACGUUGUCGACGGGAGGGCAGGUUAAGAAGGAGGAUGGACGGAAACAGGAAGAAAAAGACUGGGGAGGUGAUAGUGCAAUGGAUACGACUGAGGACGAGACUAAAUCGGUGCCUGUGUUGCCUGAGAGCAAAGCUGGGAUUGUCGUGGAUCUGAGGGAUAUGCGGGCGAUGCUCGAGGAAUUGAAUGUUCCGCGACGACACAGGAAUAACUUGAUGCGGGAUAUGUAUAAGAAGACGGGCGUGAUGCAGAAUAGUGUUGAGAAGGUGGAGAGGGCGGCGUAUGGAAUAUUGGUGAGAGGGAGUGAGCGGCCCAGUGGCUGGACGCCGGAUUUAUCGACGGGUGCUGGGGCGGGGACUGCUAGUGUCGAGGUUGAGAGUUAUUGAUCAUAUCUUGCAUGUAGUUUAUUACAUGUAGGUAGUAGACAUGGAGUUAGGGCUCAAGCUUUGAUAAUGAUAUUGAUAAUGAAAUUGUUAAUGAGUGACA